CACACCCCUCGGCUUCUCCCUUCUCAUAUUCCAAACAAAGGAAGGAAAAAUAAUUCACCCCCAAGUUUGCAGAGUGUGUAGAGUGAGGGCAUAUCGUUACAGAAAGAAUGGCCUCCACAGCAUGCUUCCUCCACCACCACGCCCUCUCCACCCCCACAAGAGUCUCUUCACAGCGCCAACUCCCCUCCCUCAGACCCUCCCAGCUAGUCUGCCGUGCCCAAAAGCAGGCUGCCAAUGAAGACGAUGGCGCCGCCGUCUCCCGCCGCUUGGCCCUCACCGUCCUCAUUGGUGCUGCUGCCAUUGGCACCAAGGUCAACCCUGCUGAUGCCGCCUAUGGUGAAGCUGCCAAUGUUUUUGGCAAACCGAAGACGAACACCGACUUCUUGCCCUACAACGGAGAAGGUUUCAAAUUGUCGAUACCAUCAAAGUGGAAUCCAAGCAAAGAGAGGGAAUUCCCAGGACAGGUCCUGAGAUAUGAGGACAACUUCGACUCCAACAGCAAUGUCUCCGUCAUAAUCACUCCAACUGACAAGAAAUCCAUCACUGACUAUGGUUCACCCGAAGAGUUCCUCUCUAAAGUGGACUUCUUGCUGGGGAAACAAGCCUUCUUUGGCAAUGCCAAUGAGGGUGGUUUCGACGCAGAUGCGGUUGCAACAGCAAACAUACUGGAGAGUUCAACCACAACAGUUGGUGGGAAACCAUACUACACCAUCACGGUGUUGACGAGGACUGCUGACGGAGAUGAAGGUGGGAAACACCAGCUAAUUACUGCUGCUGUGUCGGACGGAAAGCUCUACAUUUGCAAGGUACAGGCUGGGGACAAGAGAUGGUUUAAGGGAGCAAGGAAGUACGUUGAGAGCACUGCAAGUUCCUUCAGUAUUGCUUAAUGGAUUAAUGUGGGUUUGUAUGUAAAUCACCUGAAGAAAUAUGAUGUUUGUUUUAAGACGUCUAAAGCACUAGAGAUGGUUAAUUUGGGAGGAAUUUUGUGUGGAUAUUCCAACGUUUCUUAAGCCUAUAAAGACCCUCUUUUUCUCUCCA